UGCACCACUGAAAAGAGUGGGAAAAAGAGAUUUUUUCUUUUUUCCCCUGAAGGAGAACUCAACUUUGUACUCUGGAAAUACAUGAAAUCUGGCGUAAUCUGUGUAGAGGACCAAAGACUAAGACCUGUUCCUGUCUAAGCCUUUUAAUGAGCGUAAGCCCCCAGGAGGAAUAGUCGGAACUCACAGAAACCAAAGUCAGCCCCGUGGGAAGCAGAGCUCUCCGGCUGCUCACAGCCACAGACAUGCAACCGUUCACCUUGGUCGGGGCUCUUUUUUUCAUAGUCCACAUCUCCUCUGGUAGUGUGGAAGCCCACAGGCACUACCGACAAGUCCUCACUGGAAACCAACCAGGUGUUUGUCGCUAUGGCAGGAGGCUGGAGUGUUGCUAUGGCUGGAAGAAAAACAGUAAAGGACAGUGUGAGGCUCAGUGUGACCACGGCUGCAAGCACGGAGAGUGUGUUGGCCCCAACAAAUGCAAGUGUUUCCCAGGAUACACUGGAAAGACGUGUAAUCAAGAUCUGAAUGAGUGCGGCCUGAAACCUCGUCCCUGUGAGCAUCGCUGCAUGAACACCUAUGGAAGCUACAAAUGCUACUGCCUCAAUGGUUACACCGUAAUGCCUGAUGGAUCUUGUGCGAAUUCCAGGACAUGCUCUGCUGCUCACUGUCAGUAUGGCUGUGAGGAGGUUCAGGGGGAGAUUCGCUGUCUCUGCCCAUCUGCGGGGCUGCAGCUGGGGCAAGAUGGGAGGGCUUGUGUAGAUAUUGAUGAAUGUGUAACAGGGAAUAACCUCUGCCCCUACGACAGACAAUGUGUGAACACCUUUGGAAGCUACUUCUGCAAAUGCCAGAAUGGCUACGACUUGAAAUAUGUUGACGGCAAAUACGACUGCGUAGACCUUGAUGAGUGUGCAGCCAGCACCCACAGGUGCAGCCACCAUGCUGUCUGUGUGAACACUCAAGGAUCCUUCAGGUGCAGGUGCCAGUCUGGCUUCAGAGGCAAUGGCUUUGAAUGCUCUGCCAUCCAGGACUCCCAAGUGAAGCCCGGGAUUCUGGGAGGUACGCUGGACAACGAGGACAUCAAAAAUAUAAUCCCUGAACCAGUCGCAACGCCGCCUCCUAAAUUCCAUCAGCAGCCUUUUGACUAUGAUGGAGAGGUCUACGCUGGCCCCCAGACUGAGCAGAAACAGGUGGAUGAAUUUCCUGAGGAAGAAGAGGAGGUGGAGGAAGACAACCAGCUCAAUCCAAGAGGAGAUGUUUUCAUAUCAGAGGACUUUGAAUCAUUGUUUGGCCCCGCCACAGAAGUCAAAGUAAUCCAAAUAACACCCGUUCAGGAAGAGUUUAUCCUGGAUUGCAACUUUGAUCAGGGAGCAUGUGAGUGGGUCCAAGACAAGGCUGAUGACAUGGACUGGAGCGUAGCCUACCAUAACGGUGCUGAGUACUACAUGGCCAUGAGUGGGCUCCUAGGGGAGCUGGAGGAUAUAGCCAAGCUGAAGUUGCUUCUCAGUGACCGGACCCAGCAGGGCAGCUUCUGCCUCACCUUUGACUACCGUGUGGUGGGUCACAAUGUGGGAACUCUCAGGGUGCUGCUGGAUAAUAAUGCUUACCCCGUAUGGGAGCAGAGCCAAAGCAGAGACCAGGGCUGGCAGACAGAGCUCCUCACUGUGGCCUGGAAAGAGGAAGCGCCAGAAUCUAUUGUCUUUGAAGCUCAGCAUGGGAAAGAUGUUGGAGGAGAGAUUGGACUGGACAAUGUCGUGCUGACUUCAGGGCCCUGUCAAGAGGAUGUCAGUCCAUUCGUUUAAGAAUCUCCACCCCGGAUUUACAAAAUAUGACACAUGUCAAAGAUUCCUGUUUCCUGUCUGUAUGUUGGUCUGGAGUUUCACACUGUCUUACAAGACAUCCACAUAAAGAUACAGAUAUGAUCUCGAGGGAAGAUCUGUACUUUCAGUGCAUGCAUGUUUACUUAAUCACCAUGCUGCUACAUUGGUACAUUCGGCUUCAUUCUCUAUCGUGAUUUUCAAAAUGGUCUCUGAAGAUACAGAUCACCCAGAUCUCAGGAAUAGGUGGAAAUGCUUACUUUGUCUUUGAGUUAGAUGUAACAGUAUUGUGCUUAGUCCUUUGUUGUGUAUGUAAUUGCUAAAGUUAAGUGAAAAUAAUCUAUGACAUGUAAUGUGAAUUCUUAGGUGAAUUAAAUCUGAAAUUCAAUCUUAGAUUAAUAACUUUUUUGAAGGCUGGUUAGUUCUAAUGAUAAAAGUAUCAGUACGUAACUGCUGUACAUUUUGCUUUCAUAUUAUACUGUACUAUU